AUGGCUUCGAACGAUACUCCUGCAGCCGUGCAAGCCGGAUACUGGUAUUGCCAGGGUGACUUGGCGGUGGAGAAGAUAGAUUUCAGACUUUUCACCCAUCUUUUUGCUGCCUUUGCCGAUGUCGACUCUACCUACCAAGUCACCUUUCCUCUCAAGUAUAACGCCCAGUUUGAAGACUUCCCCAAAACCGUGAAGAGCAUGAAAUCUGAUAUUAAAGCCCUUUUAUCCAUCGGUGGAGACACUGAUCAUUCGACCCUUGCUUCAAUGGUUAGCCGUCCUGAAUCCCGUCAAACAUUCAUACAAUCCUCUAUGAGACUAGCCCUGGAAAACGACUACGAUGGCCUUAGCCUCCACUGGCUGUUUCCCAACACGACUGAGGAAAUGGUCAACCUUGGCACAUUCCUCCUUGAAUGGCGAAAUUGCCUUUCCACCAAUGACAUACCGCCGCUUCUAACCGCAGCAGUCCUUUACUCGUCAAAGGAUUUGUCGUCCUUGAAAUAUCCCAUUCAGGCUAUCGUAGAUAACUUGGACUGGAUCAACGUUGUAGCCUAUGACAUAUAUACCCCUGUUUCCUCAUCCAUUAUGUUGACUGGACCGCAUGCUCCAUUGUACAAUGCAACAAGCUGUGAACUUAGCGUGGACGCCGGCGUCCGUGCUUGGAUCGAUGCAGGCGUGGCAGCCAACAAAUUAGUCCUCGGCCUUCCAUUUCUUGGCCGCAGUUGGGUUCUGGUAUAUGCUAAUAACCAUGCAAUAUUCUCACCGGCUUAUGGAGCUGCUAAAGAUCUGGACCCCAUACCUUAUAAAAAUAUCGUGGAAAGGAAUCCCGUAAAAGGGGUCGAUCCCUCGUAUGUCACAACCUAUUGCUAUGAUGGCACUACAUGGAUUGCUUAUGAUGGCAAGUUUGCCAUCUAUACUAAGGCUAUAUAUGCCAAGCUAAAGGGAUUGCGGGGUUACUUUGCAUGGCAUCUGGGCGGCGACACUAGUGACUGGACUCUUUCAACCGCAGCUUACAAUGCAUGGAAGGUUAAGGUCGAUGAUCCUCUGUAGAAGCUUGAAUUAUCAACAAUAGUCAGGCCACUAAUCAGAUAUAUGUCGUACGUGUUUAGAAGCUUUUAAUGUUAUCAACGAAUAAGGCCAAUUAUCAGGUGUGUUGAGGCCAAUUAUAAUCAGCUUGGAUUAUAUAUAUAUAUAUAUACAUAUAUCAACAAUAAGGUGCCUGUAAUCAGAUAUGUGGUGUACGUGUCUAUAAGGGAUGUAUCUUUUUUUGC